UGAAAAUUUAUUAAUAAAUGACUUCAAAAACAUUUCCGAAACGAACGACAGGAAACGAUAUCCAAAAUUAGAUUUUUUUUUUUUUUUUGUGUGUGUGUGUGUCGUUUAAGUGACUUGGCGUUAUAUUUAAAACGACCGGAGACAUCAAAAUCGGGUCACGUGUUCGCGUUUACUCUAAGCAUCGGCAGUAGGCGAUAAAGCUCGUCGAGGAAGAAGAUGGACGAAUCGUCGCGUAAUACUUCCGAUUUCGGCCACGAUUUUCUAAAUAAAUGUGAGGGAGAAACGAAUGAAAACGAUAACGAACAAUUAAAUGACGACCGUAAAAGGGAAGAAACUCAAAUUAAUCCUGACAACAAAAAUAAUGACACGAAAGCUGUUUCUUCACAUAAAGUAAAUAAUCAUAGAGGAGUUACAGAUAUUUCUCUUCUCCACGAAUUGAGAUUAUCAGUUAUUCAAGGAAAUUUUGAAGCUGUAAAAUCACUUAUUGAAAAUAAAGGUGUAUUUGUUGAUAGCAUUCUUCACGCAGGCUGGAAUGCAUUAAUGUAUGCUUGUAGUUUUGCUCAUCAUGAAAUUGUAGAUUAUCUUCUCAAGCAAAAUGCCGAUCCUAACUUUCAUAAGGGUAAAUAAUAAAUUGAUGACAGUAUUUUAAAACCUGUUUAAUUUUAAUAAUAAUAAAAUAUAUUCUAUUUAUUGGGCUUAUUUUCAAUAAUUGCAUUCAACUUUUUCUCCUUGUGAAUGUGUAUUUUUAAUACAUUCAAAUUAUUUUAAUCAAGUGUAUAAUUAUGUGCUGCUUAACAACAGGAAUAUUUUCUGAGAAAUAUUUUAUUAAGUGUUGUGAAGCAAACAUAAUAGCAAACUUAGACAAAUCUAUAUGGUAUAGUCUACUUAUAUAACACAGUUGUAACACAACGAUAAGUAUUUGUACCUUUCUAUGUUUAGAUACCAUAAAAGUAGCUAAGGAUUUCAGCUUCAUUAUAAUCUUAUAGGACUUCUGUCAUUAAGUGGCACAUACCUGUACAUUUUAACCCUUUAUCUGUGUUUGUUCCUACAUUUUAAAGAUUUUGAUUUCCUAAAUUAUUUACUCUAAAAU